AUGAAUAUCGAUCUCAAUCAAUCUGACACAUUUGAUUCAAUUAAUCAUAAAGAAUUAUUCGAAGGUGUUCAAAUCAUCUUUGGCUUUUAUUUGAUUCCAAUCGUUUGCAUACCUGGUCUGAUUGGAAACAUCCUGUGUAUUAUUGUAUUCAUAACCAACACAAUAUCAGAUACGAUCAAACUUUCGAACGAUUUGCUCUAUUCACUUGUUUUAAUCAUUCAAGCAAUCAAUCAAGAAUUUGGAAAGAAAAUCUUUCUUCUACUUUAUCGAUACUGUCAUUAUAUUAACACGGUCUCGACAUUAUGCACAGCAUGGCUGACAUUGAUCGUUGCUAUUGAAAGAUAUGUUUUGUGUAAUGUUGAUAGUCGAAGGCGACUCUUUGUGCAACGAAAUUCUCGUUCGAUAUGUUAUACAAUAAUCUUAUGUAGUCUUGCUCUUGCUCUACCUGUUUCCUUUCGUUACGAAAUUAUUCCGGUUUCGACAGCCAAUCAAAAUUUGUCCAGUUCAGCAUCACCUAUAAGUUUAUCAGUGUUCGGCCGAUCCCGUGCUUUUCGACUUUAUUCAAUUUCUAUUGAUGUUAUUCGUGCUAUCGUUCCAUCACUAUUUCUGUUAUAUUUAAAUACACGUAUCGUUUAUUUACUAUAUCGAAUGAAAUCGUCAGCUGGAACAGCGUUUUAUCGUUUAACAAUCAGUUUGAUUAUAAUUAUCGGUUGCUUUAUUUUUUGUUAUUUUCCUGAUGCACUUCUUUCAUUGAUAUUAGAUAUGGGUUACAUUGAUGAAUCUUAUCAAAGGCGAGCAAUCAGAGAAAUAACCGAUUUUUUCGUGACAUUGAACUCGGCAAUAAAUUUUCCGAUUUAUUUCUCAAUAUCAUAUACAUUUCGACGAUCUGUUCUACGUUUAUUCGAACGACGCAUGAAGUCUUAUUAUCCGACAACGUAUGCAGAUAUUAUACAUCGACAACGACAACAGAUUGAAGUGCAACAACAACAGCAAUUGAAUAACAUGGGAGUUAUGUUGUAG